AUGAAGAGGGAUAUGCCGCUAGAUGAGCCUCAGAAAAAGGAUGCCAGAUGUUUCGGUAGAACGGUUCACUUACAGGCUGGUAUGCGGAUUGCGGUCUGCAUCGGUACACUGGUCAUUCUCGCUCUGGUCGUGUUGCUCUACAUGAAAUUUAAGAAGGCCAUGUUUGUGCUGUUGAUCCCGAGCACCCGUCACCGCCACUACCGUAUUCGCUAUCGUCGCCAGAAGGCAUCACUUUGUCUGGCCUAUCGUAGCCAUUUCGGUCAUUCUUUCCAUGUGAUUCUCGCAUGCUAUGCUCUGCUCAUCUUCUCGUUCUACUUCUUCUUCAAGCCCCUGUACAUCAUCAUGGUGCUCAAUUGGGCAUUUGACAGUAAGUUUUUGACCUGCCUUUUGGUUUUUGUGAGAAUAAAGACAUGA